UAUUCAUAGAGUUGGAAGAAUUAUACUGUAAAGAAAUGAAUCAAUAAAUACUUAUAAUUAAAAUUUUUACUUACUCGAAAGAGCCCUCACUGUUUUGAUUUUCAUCGUUUUUUCCGCGAUAAAAUUCUAGCAAACUCGCCGGUGAUUUGUUUUGGUUUCUAUUAUGAGCAAAUGCAUUUCGGUAGCGGAAUCAGUAUGGAAGGAUAUCGAGUCUACUAAUUCAGUGACCGAUGAUCAGCUUUCAGUAUUGCAUUUUCUUUUUGGGAAGAAUCUGGAGAGAGCAACGCGGAUAAUUGAUCAAAGGGGUGUAAAGAGGAUUUCCGGCGAGCCCAGUGGCCGUUCUAUUUUCCAGGUUGUGGGAGAAUCCCGGAGGAAGGAGGAAUAUUUAUGCUUCCCUGAACACUAUUGUUCAUGUUAUUCAUUCUUCUAUGACAUUGUGAACAGAGGGGAACAACUUUGUUGUAAGCAUCAACUAGCUGCAAGACUGUCGGCCUCAACUGGAGUAUGCAUUGAUGUGAAGGUUUCUGAUGAGGAACUAGCAUUCUUACUUUCCAAGCUUUGACAACUUUGAAGGACGAGAUUUUGCCUGUAGCAAUUGAGGUUAGAAAAAAUUUGAUGAGACUUUAAUUAGUUACUGUAUGUCAUGACUCUUUAACUAGUUACUGUAUGUUAUGACUCCAAGAAUUACUACUACUUAACAUUCGAGUUUCAUUUUUCAGUCAAAUUGAUUGAUUUUUGGAUGCU